GCUGCUGCACACGCGAGAGAGGUACCGCCGGGAGAGACAGCGAGAGAGAGAGAGAGGUCCGACAACGUCGACAAAGUUAAACAGGUAAAUAAAGACAGAUAAGGACCUUUAACUACAGGUGAGGGGACACCUGUCCGGAACAGGACAGGACGUUUCCAUAGAAACAUAAGCGUGUUUGAUUUCCUGUCAGAAGGACCAGUGUGUGUGUGUGUGUGUGUGUGUGUGUGUGUGUGUGUGCUGCAUCAUGUGCUUCAGUGUUUUAGCUCUGCGGGUUAAACUACAGAAUAGGGGAGACCGGGGAGAGAUGAUCCAUGUUUCAUAUUUGGGAUCAGUCCUACUGUGUGUGUGUGUGUGUGUGUGUGUGUGUGUGUGUCUCUAAUGUGUGUGUGUGUGUGUGUGUGUGUGUGUGUGUGUCUGUGUCUCUAAUGUGUGUGUGGGGGGGGUAAGUUGACCAUAGGACGUACCCUCUGGCUCACUUGACCCCGGUCUCCCGUACUGUAGGACCUCAGAGGCGUGUCGGACCCUCAGACUCAGAGACGUUGAUGAACUUCAGGUUAAAGGUCAGACGUAAUGAAGCUCCAGACCCUCACAGGUGUUAGUCCAGACCCUCACAGGUGUUAGUCCAGACCCUCACAGAUGUUAGUCCUGACCCUCACAGGUGUUAGUCCAGACCUGCAGCUGUGGUGGACCGACCUCAGCGCUGAACCUUUUUUUUGUUCAGGUUUAAGUUCCGAUAAAAAAACAGCGUUCUGCGUUUAUCAGCGGAGAAAAACCCUCAGAAGGUCUCAGACCCGCCCACUCAUCCAUUCAUGGUUGUUUCCGCAGCGAUGGCCAAACUCCAGGGCUUUGAGUUCUGGAGGAAGACCCUGAAAGAGGCCCGUUACGUUGUGGCCCCCAUGGUGGACCAGAGCGAGCUGGCGUGGCGCCUGCUGAGCCGCCGCCACGGCGCCCAGCUCUGCUACACGCCCAUGCUGCACGCUCAGGUGUUUGUCCGAGACGCCAACUACAGGAGGGAAAACCUGUACAACGAGGUCUGUGAGGAGGACCGGCCUCUGAUCACUCAGGUGAGGAGAACGGCGGCGGCGGGCUGAAACAAACUCACCUGAAGGUUGUUGGUCAGACGGCGCCUGAUGUCCCGCCUCCGUCUCACUGAAGGUGUUUCUUCUCUGUCGCUCAGUUUUGUGCCAACGACCCCGAGGUCUUCCUGCAGGCCGCCCUGCUGGCUCAGGACUACUGCGACGCCAUCGACCUCAACCUGGGCUGUCCUCAGAUGAUCGCUAAGAGAGGUACGCACACACGGGUCCUCAGAACCUGGACUCGGACUCCAGGAGGUUCUGGUUCUGGUUCCAUGAUUAAACCUGCUGUGACUCUGUCCUCCUCAGGUCAUUACGGAGUCUUUCUUCAGGACGAGUGGGACCUGCUGGAGAAAAUGAGUGAGUCUGACUUUUUCUCAGCGCCGCAGGAUGACCUCUGACCUCAGCACGAUGACCUCUGACCUCAGCAGGAUGACCUCUGACCUCAGCAGGAUGACCUCUGACCUCAGCAGGAUGACCUCUGACCUCAGCACGAUCUCUGUCCGGUUUGUUUUCACCGACCGUCUUUGUUCUCCUCUCUCCUCUCAGUCAGAUUAGCCAAUGAGAAGCUCUCUGUGCCCAUCACAUGUAAGAUCCGCGUGUUCCAGGAGGUGGAGAAGACGGUCCGAUACGCCCAGAUGCUGGAGGAGGCGGGAUGUCAGGUGAGAAGAAACUGGACCUGAAACAAACACAGAAACACGAUCUGAAGCCUCUAAACGUUCUGAACGUCUCUGCAGCUGCUGACGGUCCACGGCAGAACCAAAGACCAGAAGGGCGCCAUGACAGGGAUCGCCAGCUGGGAGCACAUCAAGGCGGUCAGGUAGGAUUUAAUCGGCGAGCGCCACAGUGACAGGAUGUGACCACGCCACGCCUUCACUGACUGUUUCCUGUUUUUUCCUCGAACAGGAAGGCGGUGAAUAUCCCCGUGUUCGCUAACGGAAACAUUCAACACCUGAGUGACGUGGAGCGGUGUAUCCAGGAGACCGGCGUGCAGGGGGUCAUGAGUGCAGGUCAGGAGGACACGCCUCCGUUUGAUCGGCGUUUGAUGACUCUGUGUUGAAGUCUGUGUGUUUGUCCUCAGAGGGGAACCUCCAUAACCCCGCCCUCUUCGAGGGCUGCAGCCCCCCGGUGUGGGAGAUGGCUGAGGAGUACCUGGAGGUGGUGAAGCAGCAUCCGCCCUGCACGCUGUCCUACGUACGAGCUCACCUCUUCAAGCUCUGGCACCACACGUACGUGGAGACGGUUCAACUGAUGAAGUCUCUGAGAUGUUUCAGAUCCUUUUAAUCGAAGCUUUAAAAACUGAAGGACUCCAGGCUGUCCGUCCUUCUAACGUGUGUGUGUGUGUGUGUGUGUGUGUGUGUGUGUGUGUGUGUGUGUGUGUUCAGGCUGCAGAUCCAUCAGGACCUGAGGGAGGACUUGGCGAAGGUGAAGAAUCUGGAGGGUUUGGCAGACGUCAGUAAACAGCUGAGGCUUCGCUGUCAGGUGAGGAGAAAACGAAGAAAAGACGAAGAAUGAAGUUAAAGGAAGAGUUCGUCUUUUAAAGGUAAAGAUGAAACAGAGAGGGUUUCAGACUCUGAUUCUUCUGAUCACCUGGAAACACCUGAGAGCAGCACGUCAGGAACAUCAGUGUCCUCUUUAAUCUGACUUUUAUCUCCUCAUCUCCUCCUCUUCUCGUGUCCUCUCUCCUCAUUAGAAAAUAUUUGACCAUGCAGUUAUAAUAACAGAGAGCAUUGUGGGAAAGAAAACUGACUAACCAUGAAGUUUACUGUGUGUGUGAACAGGAGGAGAUCGCCAGAGGGAAGGACACAGAGGAGGAGAAGGAGAAGGAGAAGGAGAGCAGCCUCCUGUUUCCUCACUGGAUCUGUCAGCCGUACGUCAGACCACCGUGAGUCCAACAAACCGCUGAUUUCAGGACUUUAACUGCUCCUUUAAAACUCCUCAGUUUGUCAGAGUUCAGAGUAAAGAGAGAGAGACAUCCUGACCAACAGGAAACACAAAGAUCAUGGAGAGAAAGAGGAGGAGAGUUCAGAGUUCAGGAGUUAAAAACGUCGCUCUCAUGUUCUCGACUGUUUCCUUCAGGCCAAAGGAGAAGCUCACAAACGGGAACAGUCAGGGCUCGGAGGUGAAGAGGGCGGUGUGUCAGAAGAGGGCGCUGGAGGACACGGACGGAGCAGCUGACACACUUUCCAAAAACAAGCAGAAGAAGAGAUCCAGAAACCCGAAUAAGAACUUCUGUCCUGAACACAAACGUGAGUCUGAGCCGAGAGUUUGAAACAUGAUGAAGAUGAAAAAGUCUCACAGAAACUCACUCCUGUUGUUUUUUUCUCUUCCUCUGCAGCAAAAUACAUCAAAUGUGAGCAGUGUGGGAACCCGAAGGUGAGAGUGAGGCCGGACAGACGUGUGUCAGACGUCAGCGCAGACUCACUGAAGUGAACAUGAUGUUUUUGUUUCUGCAGGGGAAUAAGUGUGUGUUUAAUCUGUGUCGAGGCUGCUGCAAGAAGAAGGCCUUCAAGGAGGUGGCCGACUGUCCCAGUGAGUGUUAAAGAGCUUCAUCCUCCUAAAGUUCUCAGAUACUUUUGGAGGCAUCAAAAUCCAAAUGAUCAGAACAGGAUAUAAAGACUGUUUAAAAAAAAACCACCUGCAGCUUCUCCCACUGAGUCUGUUCUGAUCAAACAUCAACGUGUCUGUCCUGUUUUCAGGCCACGGGCUGAGGUUCAAGACGAAGGCAGAGAAAAAGAAAGCUGAAGAGGAGGAGGAGAAGAAGGAGGAGGAGGAGAGGAAGGAGGAGAAGAGGAAGGAGGGAGCUGACACAGAGACAGAGGGGAGCAGAGACCCUCCUCUGAUCCUCUCCGAUCAGAUCACAAACCUGCAGGAUCAGACGGACACGGAGCGGCCGCUAUGAGCGGGACUGACGCUGCCUCUACACACACACACACACACACACACACACACACACACACACCAAACUCUGAUACUGCAGCUCUGACAGGUCAAAGGUCAAAGUCUUAGCGAAGGAUUACAAGUUUCGACUCUUAAAAACUGAAUAUGAAAAAUAAAAGAAGGUCCAGUCUGUGUUUUUAACGUUUUACCAAAGAGAAGAUCCUGAAACAGAUUCUGAUCUUCAGAGCCCAGCUGUUCCAAAGUUUGAACCUUCAUCAGAUUUGACCUUUUUUUCCUUCAAAGAUCAGAUAAUCCAGAUUACUACUGUCCUGGUUUUUAAACUGAAACUGGACCUGGGCUCCAGAGUCUGGAGGAGGACCUUCACAGCUGCUUUAAAGCUCCUGAAGUGAUGAAGCUUUGGUACGACCUAAAAACAUCCGAACACUGACUGUUUAUGUAGACGUGGACCAAUCAGGUGGCUUUAAUUUGAUCAGCUGACUUUAAACCAGCUGGGCCCGAUAAUAAGGUGUGUGCGUGCGUGCGUGUGUAGAGGUAGGACAUGAUCCCCCAACAAACAGCUGCUAAAAAAUCCUCAGUAACACGUCGAUCUUUGGAGGAUGUCUUUAAAAAGCUCGGACAGAUGUGGAGUAACAGACCAAAACAUUAAAGUUCUAUUAUUUUCAUUUGUCCUUUUUUUUUGGUUUACAAUCUUUAAUUUUUGUCUUAAAGAAAAAAAAAAAAACAGAUUUUAUGAGUUUGAACAUUUUUACUCCAAAGUUGACCCUGAGCCACCAAAGUGAGGAGAUCCUGUAGCUGCUGUCUGCAGGUUUGAUUUAGCUUAUUUAAGGCUUUUGUUGUGGGUACACACCCAUCGGUGGAUGUAUGAGUUUGGGUUCGAGUUUUCAUCGUUAUACUUGUAUGUGCCUUUAGAUGAGAAGUGCCACUGCCGAUCAGAAACUUGAGUCCAUCAGAGGGAGAUAAACACGGUGCUCCUGUUCACAGACGACAUGAAUCCAGACGUCUGUAAGGUGCUCCCUGGACACCUGUGCGCACACGGCUGAAAUAAACUCGAGGAUUUUAGGGAGAACUCUCUUCUAUCAGUGACCCGACAGGAACGUUAGACGCUGCCUCUGCUGCGUAGACUGAGUGCUUUUAGGACGCUGCUCUCUAACAGAGACCUUAUUUAUUUGUUUUGGUACUUUUAGAGAGAGUAGCUGUUUAUUAAAGGGAUAUUCCCACGUCAAACUAAGUUAGGGUCAAACACACCGAAACACCAAGUUAGACACCCCGUCCAGACAUGAAUGUUACCGACAUACCGCUUUCUUCUCUAGUUCGACCUUCUCUGGACGGGGUCUCUAACUUGGUGUUUCGGUGUGUUUGACCCUAACUUGAUUUUAUCCCUUUAAGACUAAAGAUGAGAAUCUAUAUGAGUUUAUUGAUACCACUGUUAUAAAUUCAGCUUUUCAGUCUGUUAGAGGAGUCAGUUAACAAUGACAUUAUUUCUCUGAAAUGCAUCCUGACAGGGUUUCAAGGACACAUUGAAUUUUUAUUUUAAGAGUUACAUUUUUUCCAUGUCAUUUUCUCAUAAUAAAAAAGUUGUGGUGAGUUUCCAG